AUGCCUACUUCAACAUACAUCACCCUCGUGGUCAUCUUCUCAGUGCAAGCAAUCAUUAUCAUCGCUGGAAACACGUUCACAAUCUUUGUAUUCUGGACUCAGAGAUCCCGCCUAAAACGAACUUAUUUUCUUUUGAUUAACCUCGCAGUCGCCGAUUUACUUGUGGGGAUUACAGAACUUAUAGUCAUAGGAACUUUAAAAUCUCAUGAUCUAGGCAAGGGCAUUUUACUGCUGAACCGAUCAAACUUCUCAGCGGCUUUUACAUUUUUCUUUUCGAGCACGUCCGUCUACUUUCUAGCGCUUAUCUCCAUGGAACGUGCUUUCGCCGUCUUACGGCCAAUCCGUCAUCGCAUCACAAAUCGUCGAGUUUACAUCUAUAGCAUCGUUAUCGUUUGGGCCAUUGCUCUUGUCUUUUUUGGUCUUAUCAUGUUAUCCCUUUAUUAUCCAGAGGUAAAUGGGGAAUAUGUUUUUGUCACUGGUAGGACAUCGCUUCUUAUUUCCAUCUUGAUAAUUUGUACAAGUUACCUUAGCAUACGCGCUCGAUUGCGCGCACCCUCACCCGCCGUGAUAGACAAUCAUAAGCAUCGAUCAAGGAAGCACAAUUUACGGCUUUCAAAAACACUUUAUAUUGCAAUUGCUUCAUCGCUUGUGUUUUGGAUGCCUGCCUAUAUUGUCUUCUCAACGAUAGGAUUCUGUCCUGGAUGCUGUUCUGUGCCAGUGGUUAUUUGGCUCGUGGAAGCUUUAUAUCUGGCAAAUUCUAUGGUGAAUCCUCUCGUCUACAGUUUCAGAAUGAAAAUUUUCAAAGACGCAUUUAACAAAUUCCAGAGAAAAAGACGACAGAACAUAAGACCAAUU